AUGUGGUGUCGACGGUUAUAUUCUACUUUUAAAGAAGGUGACACUGUUCUAAUUCGCCCACUCAAGAAUGUGGCUCAGGCACAUUUAUCGCGACCUUUAGCCAAAGAUUCUGUUGUUCAGACUCAACACGGCGAUGUACACCACAACGAUAUCAUCGGUCAGCCAAAACGAGUAUUUCUCGGUUACCGUGGCAAAAAAAUACACAAGAACCAAAAAGACCUGCGAUACAUUGCUGUGGAACCAACGUUGGAUGAGUAUACCAGCAUGAUCAAGAGAAAGGCCCAGCCAAUCUACUCAAUGGAUGCGAAUGUGAUAGUGCUGCUUGCAGAUAUCGAUGUGGAUGUUCCCGAGGAAGGAGAGGAGCCUAAAUGCUUUCUAGAAGCCGGCACGGGAAACGGAUCGCUUACUAUUUCUAUCUGUGGAGCCAUCCAUGGGUCCAAUGCUCUUGCAAGACACUAUAAUGACGAUUCCAGGCGAGGUGCGAUUCUCUACUCGAUCGACCGAAGAGAAGACCAUCUGAAAAUGGGAGCAUGGAACGUUUGCAACUACAAAAGAGGACGUUAUAUUGAGGAUGUAGAGUUUGGUGUGUAUUCACUGCCUCUGGAAUGGCUGAAAGCACAUUCUACAGUGGAAUUGAGUGGGGUAUUUCUUGAUCUCCCUGAUCCACACAUCUACUUCGCAGACAUUGCCAAACAAAUGUGCUUGGAUGCUACACUUAUAGUAUUCUGUCCUUCGGUCACACAAAUUCUCAGGUGUCGGGAAGAAUUGGCAGAUAGCCGGCUUCGAAACGACCCGAUUGACUUGCUGUUGGUGAAGACAGUCGAGCUUCCACCAGGUAAUGGAGGAGGAACACGAGAAUGGGACGUAAACACCGCGUUUACUCGGGAAACAGGAGAAAAGGUUUCUGUUUGUCGGCCCAAAGUGGGUGCACGGGUUGUUGGUGGAGGUUUUGUAGGUAUCUUUAAGCGUCUGUCAGUAAUUGGAGAUUCGCUCCAGGCCACAGUAGAUGCUGCGAAGACCAAGGAAAUUGGCAUCAUGUAA